CGUAAGAUAGCUUAAAAACAAUACUUAUAAAACAAAAGACGGACGGUGUAUAAAGAAUUGACGAAUACCAACUUGCUGAUCAAAUAUAUAAUAUCGCGCUCCGAUCGCUCGUAAAAUUCAUUGUUAAUUGCACUAUAGAGAUAAUUCAAACUUUUAUGUGAUUUUUCAAGAUCGCGUUAUUUGCCUUUUCAAAAAUAUAUAUGACAUGAUUUUGUACUUCACUGUUGCUAAGAUCGCACUUUAACGUAAGAUGGUGUAACUAUUUAAGUGAAACGUAUUAGAUAUUUGAAUUCUAAUUAAUAGUGAAGGAAAAAAUUGGACUUAAUAUUGAUUGGGACACCAUGAUACUUGUUGAAGUCACGUAAGACAACUGUAAGCUAAAGAUUGUUAAACAAGUGUACAGGUUCUCGUGUUCAUACGAUGAUGGCGCAGAGUUACACUGGAGAACUACUUUUAAUUAUACUAACACUCUGUGUUUUAGUACAUAUUGUGCAAGCGGCCGUCCCUGUAUUCACUGCUCCCCUUCCCGCAGGCACAACCAGCGAAAAUAUAAAUGAAGACAAAGUUCCCGGUAGUUUGAUAUAUACUGCGCAGGCAACAGAUGCCGACGGCGGAACGAUAACGUACAACAUACAAUCACAGUCGCCGGCGUCGCCUGUUAGAUUUGCUAUUGAUGGCUCUACAGGACAGAUCACCACUACAGCAGCGUUUGAUUUUGAGACGGAUGCAGCGACGACAUACACCCUGACAAUAGAGGCGUCUAACGGUACCGUAUCAAGUACGGCAACUAUGACAGUUACAGUCGAUAACGUCAAUGAUAACACACCGACUUUCUCACCCACGGUCUAUUACCGCACAAUCGCCGAAAAUACUGCACAAGGAACAUCAGUUGUCUUGGUAACUGUGGAGGACGUUGAUACGGGUGACACGGUCACUGUGAGUAUAUCGGCUGGUGAUGAUACAUCUAACAAGUUCGCUGUUGGUGGAUCAGACGGAAAGUUAAUCGAGACAACUGCCAAUGCUAUCGACUAUGAUAGUCUUACUGCCUCAAACUAUUUGUACACGUUAACAGUUAUAGCCUCUGACGGGAGCAACACCGGGACGGCCACUGUAUAUGUAACAAUAUCAAACGUGAAUGAGGACACGCCAGAUUGGGGAACAUUUUCUCCAGCAUGGACCAGUGAUACAACAGCUUUUGAUAUUGCGGAAAAUUCCGGCGUGGGAACGACUAUUGUAACCAUAACAGCGACUGAUGGUGAUUCCGGAGUUGAUGGACAGAUACUGUACUCACUCGGCACUGUAACCUCAAGUUCAUCAACAACGGUAACCGGACUGUUUCACCUAGAUCAAGUAACAGGCAUUCUGACCACGACUAGCAACAGUUUCGACCGCGAUCCAGCCACCGGAGGCGUCGAGUACUAUGACGUCAUUGUUAAAGCGGUCGAUCAAGGAACGUCAGCACUCUCUGCGGAGCGAACAGUCCGAGUUGGACUAACUGAUUUUAACGACAAUACGCCAACAUUUGCUCAGAAUAUAUACUCCGUUUCUAAAGCAGAAUCUACAACUGCAGGGACUAGUUUAUUAACGUUAGCUGUAACCGAUAAUGACGUCACAGCAUCUGCACUGACGUAUAGCAUAGAAACAUCAAGUACACCAUCGGCUUAUAGUACUUACUUCGAGAUGGAUACAGGAACAACAAAUCAACUAAACUUAAAAGCUGUUAUUGACCUGGAUUCCGGAGCGGAUGCAACCUACAACUUGAUCAUUAAAGUAUCAGACGGCGGGAGCCCGGAACUGACCAGUACCACGCAGGUUACCGUCACUAUGACCACUGAAAAUGAAAAUGAUCCUACUUUCGCCGCAGAUGUUACUACAGCGAUUAACGAGGACAGUGCUGUCGGCUUGACGGUAACACUUAUAACAGCGACUGACUCUGACACUGGAAGUGACGGGGAGAUAACAUACUCUAUAACAGGUGGAAACACAGACGGAAAAUUUACAAUCGACCCAACAAAUGGUGAGAUAAUAAUAUCUGAAAGCCUUGAUUAUGAAGACAUCCAGCAGUAUAUCCUCACUGUGACGGCAACUGACGGUGGAGCGCCGUCGCGCAGCGAUACAGCGUCCGCUACUAUCAACGUAAAUGACGUCAGCGACGAGAAACCAACAUGCACUACCAACAUUCUUACUGCGAGUGUGGAUGAACCCGGUUCAGUAAAUGAUGCUGUUGCGACGGUUUCAUGUAGCGAUGACGACGCUGUCGACACAUUGGCGUAUAGUUUUGGUAGUUCAACCAACUCUGCUGGGAAGUUUGCAAUCGACGCGUCUGGUCAGAUUACUCUUGCUGAUACCUUGGAUUACGACAGUGGAACAACACAUUACGCCUUGAUUGUUGAAAUUACGGAUGGAACGACCACACUCGAAGUUCCUGUCGAUGUUACAGUCAACCCUGUUAACGAAAAUACCCCGACCUUUGGUUCAGACGUUGACGUAACGUUCGCGGAGGACACGGCAGUUGGGACUGCGUUAACGACACAUGCUGCGACAGACAACGAUGCGUCUCCUCAUAACAUCCAAACUUAUGAAAUCGUUUCAGUAACUAACAGUGGAACAAGUCUAUUCAGUAUCGACUCUACAUCAGGACAGAUUCGAUUAGCACAAUCGUUGGAUUACGAAUCACAAACCAAUUUCGUCAUUACUAUCCGAGCCGUUGACGGCGGUACAACACCAGGUACGGGUACUGGUACUGUUACUAUACAAGUUUCCGACGUAAAUGACGUCACGCCGUCAUGUUCCCCAGCAGCUCACGUGCUGUCAGUGGCAGAGAAUACAAAUAAAAUGUUGACAGUUACCUAUGUUAUUGCAGCUACAGAUGUUCUACAGAUGUUGUCUGUUACCGGUAUUGUUGUAGACACAGACAUUGACUGUUACCUGUAUUGUUGCAGCUACAGGUGUUGUCUGUUACCGAUGCAGAUGUUGUCUGUUACCUGUACUGUUGUAGAUACAGAUGUUGUCUGUUACCUGCACUGUUGUAGAUACAGAUGUUGUCGGUUACCUGCACUGUUGUACAUACAGAUGUUGUCUGUUACCUGCACUGUUGUAGAUACAGAUGUUGUCUGUUACCUGUAUUGUUGUAGAUACAGAUGUUAUACUGGUGUUGACGUUAUAACAAAUUUUGGUUGCACGGAUACUGAUGGUCCAAGCCUGACGUAUUCAAUUACAAGUCAAAGCCCUACCAAUAACUUUGUAAUAGAUACUAGCGGAGCUACACCAACUCUGCAGUUGAGUAGUGCACUCGAUUAUGAAACAAGCGAUGCCUUUGAAAUUGAGGUCACUGUUUCGGACGGAACGCUGUCUACGCUUGUUUACGUUGAUAUUUCCGUAACGGACAUUAACGACGGCGGACCGUCAUUUAGUUCUACAACUUUUACAGCAUCCAUUCCAGAAUCUGCUGCUGUUGAUACAUCUGUGACAACCGUAGCCGCUACCGACCCUGACUUGUCAACCAGCACUUACGGUUCUUUAACAUACUCUAUUCUCAGCGGAAACGGCGAUAGUAAAUUCAACGUUAACCCAAGCACCGGUAAAAUAUCAGUGGCUGGCGUCCUUAAUGCAGACGCAACAUCAAGCUACUCUUUAGUAAUUCAAGCCAUCGAAGAUUCCGGCGAUAACUCAGCGUCUGCAACUGUUGAUAUAACAGUAACGGAUGUGAAUGACAAUACCCCGACCUGUACCUCAGAUCUUGCGUUUAGUGUGACUAAAGCGGAGGAAGGAACUAUCGGAGAUACUAUCUUUAGUCUUGUUUGUAGCGACGCGGACGGAGAUACCCUGACAUAUACAAUCUCCAGCGGCGGCUCGACUUACUUUGAAAUGAGUGGAGCUGAUUUAAACCUGAAAGCCGUUGUUGACUACGACACGUUAACGAAUCCACAAUUUGAUUUUGUGAUUGAUGUAUCAGAUAUGACAAACACCUUAACAGUAACUGGAAGUCUAACAGUCACUGCUGUCAAUGAAGAUCCACCCGCUUUCACACAGACCACAUAUUCUGUAAGUAAAGCGGAAAAUACAAACCCAGGAAAUCUUAUAACUACGGUAGCAGCAUCAGAUCCCGACAAGGAUGACACAGUGACUUAUUCAUGGGUGACGGCGACAACUGAUUUUACGCUCGACCAAUCCUCAGGUCAGAUACUUUUGGCGGGAACACUGGACAGGGAGACCACUCCAGACUACUCUCUGCUGGUAGAAGCUAGUGAUGGAACAAAUGCUGUUACAGCCACUGUUACAUUGACUGUCACCGACGAGAAUGAUAACGCACCAAUCUUUAAUCCAAAUUCAUACAGGUAA